GCCGAGUGCUCUUGAGUCCGUGUCGCUUUGGGGAUAGGUAGAAUACAAGGGCUGCUGCUAUGCAGAAGUCUGCUACAGCUGAGGUAAUCAAGCCAGCACGGAUACUCCAACCGAAAUUUUUCUCGUAAAGCGCGAUAUUGCGGCUGCCGUCAUGAAGUGCACCAUACGUGGUCACGAUGCCCAAGGCCAACCUUGCCAGGCACAGAAGCGAACAUAUCGCAGUGACGAUAUAAGAGCGGCCGAGGACCCAGACUCUGACGGUAAAGAAUGCUUGGCAAGCGCACCCUACCACCGUGGAAAAAGCAGUGUUGAUUUCCAGAGACCACACCCCGGUCGUCAGGACUUGGGGUUUGAAGUAGUUCUCGAUUGUAUAGAAGUAGGCGGUGUGCGCGAUGAUUGCACAGUGUGCGCCAUCGAGAACCCACAACGUCGA